AUGGCGGAUGUCAAAGCGAAGGUGAAUGAGCUAAAAUUACAAGGCAAUAAAGCAUUGGAGGUUGGGGACUUUGAUGAAGCCAUCCAGAAGUAUACAGAUGCCAUAACCUUAGACCCAUCCAACCAUGUCCUGUACAGUAAUCGUUCAGCAGCACUGACUAAGGCUACUCGCUACCUAGAAGCACUUGGUGAUGCAGAUAAGACAUUGGAAAUCAAACCUGAUUGGUUCAAGGGCUAUUCACGGAAGGGGGCAGCCUUGCGCUACUUAAAUCGCUACCAGGAGGCUGCAGAGGUUUAUGAGGAAGGACUCAAAGUCGUUCCAGACAAUCAACAGUUGAAAGAUGACCUAAAGGAAGCCAAAUCCCAUCUCACAGGUCCAUCUGGGAGCCAGCCCAUUGGCAACCCUUUCUCUGGUCCUGAUGUGAUGGCCAAGUUGGAGGCCAACCCAAAAACGAGGGAGUAUCUGAAACAACCUGACUACAAAAUGAUGAUUGAACUUCUGAGGCAAAACCCCAACAGUCUUCAAAAUUUUCAAGAUCCACGCAUAAUUACAACACUGGGAGUUCUCAUGGGAUUUGAUUUGGAGGCCAGGAUGGGAGAUAUGGAUACCUCAGAUGAUGCUAAACAUGAUCCUAAAUCUAGUGCUAGUCCUCAAGGUCCUUCAAAAAUGGAUGACAAUGCUAGUCAGUCAAAUAGCAAAUCAAAAACCUCAGAACAAAAUAGUGCUGACAGUUCUGCUGCUCAGGCUCUUGCUGAGAAGGAGGCGGGUAAUGCUGCAUACAAGAGUAGGAAAUUUGAGGAGGCACUGAUGCAUUAUGAUGCAGCUAUUGAAUUGGACCCAACAAAUAUUUCCUUUAGAACCAAUUCAGCAGCUGUACACUUUGAACAAAAGGACUAUGACAAAUGUAUAGCAGUGUGUGAAGAGGCUGUUAAUGUUGGACGAGAAAACAGAGUGGACUACACUAUGAUAGCUAAAGCCUUAGCACGUAUAGGGAAAGCUUACCUGAAGAAGGAAGACGACUCCAAUGCAUUGAGGUACUUUCAGAAAUCUCUUGCAGAACACAGAACACCAGAUGUAGCCAAGAGUAUUCAAGAGAUUGAGAAGCGCAUUAAAGAAAGAGAAAGACUGGCUUUUAUAGAUCCUGAAAAAUCUUUAGAAGCAAAAGCAUUAGGCAAUCAAUUCUUUCAGAAAGGUGAUUAUCCAACAGCAAAAAAACACUAUGAUGAGGCAAUAAAGCGGAAUCCAGAGGAUGCUAAGAUAUACAGCAACAGAGCUGCUUGUUAUACUAAAUUAAUGGAAUUUAGUUUAGCUUUAAAAGAUGCAGAAAUGUGUAUAAAACUUGAUCCUACAUUCGUGAAGGGCUACCUGCGAAAGGGUGGUGUUCUGCAGGCAAUGAAAGAGUUCAGCAAAGCUGCGACAGCCUAUCAAAAGGCACUCGAAGUGGAUCCAAAGUGUGAGGAGGCAUCCCGUGGGUAUAGAGAGGCGCUGAUGGCCGAGGGUGGAGAUCCUGAGGCCGUCAGAAAGCGUGCUAUGGCUGACCCUGAGGUACAACAAAUUCUCGCAGAUCCAGCCAUGCAGCUUAUACUGCAACAGAUGCAGAAAGAGCCAGAAGCCGUUAGAGAACAUUUGAAAAAUCCUGAGGUAGCCAAGAAGAUUGAAAAACUUUUGGAAAGUGGUAUCAUUGCCAUUCGUUGAUGCAGAACUUCUAUGGCAUAGCUGAGUGUUGAAUUGUGGACAUAUUAGCAGUUCAGAACUAUGGACAACAACUUCAUUAUGUUAUUUACUUCUGAUGGUGAACAACAAUUGUCUUGACAAUGUGUAAUUCUUAAAUUGGUGAUGUGUUUGGGGAGAGAUAAAUAAAAAAAACAUGUGCUGGGAUAGAGAAGAAAGAUGGAAAACAUCUGGUUAGAAUAAGGUUGUGGAAAGAUGAACGGUAAGCUUAUGGUGAGGUUGGACAAAAAUGUUGUCUCUGGGAGGGAGUGACAGAUGCUGUUAACUCUAGGUAGGGGAGGAUUAAAAGAUCAAACUCAAGAACACACAAGUCUUCUGUGAAUGAACUUCAGUUUCUUUUCAGGAGCCCAUCUAGAACGUGUACAUACACGUGGAUAUCACCUGUAAAACCAAGGGACCAUAAUUAAGUGCUAAGGCUGUGGAUGUAAAUUUUGAUGUAAAGAAAAAUGGAUGUCUUUCCUUUCUGUCCGAGCAUCUGAAGUUUGCCUAUUGCUUUCAUAUAAUUUUGGAUGUUUGUAAUGCAAUUCCAGUCAAUAUUUAGUAUGAAAAGAGAAACAGUUUUUGAGUAUAUGUGGUCUCUGAUUUUCAGGUAUUGUAGUACACAAGCUUAGAAAGCCGUGUAAAGUUAGGACUCUGGUUACAUACCAACAUAAUGGGUUACAUACCAACAUUAUGGGUUACAUAUACAUGGAACACAAUGAAUCGUGAAUAAUCAUCAAUUAUAUGUCUUCUGUCUGCUCAAACAGUUUUUGUCCCAUUCAUUCCUUGUUUUUUUUUCAUUAUUGAAUGAUUCAUAUAAAUCAUUAUUAGCAGUAUGAUCGAAUUUGUAGACCUUUUUUUUACAAUAUUUUAACACUGAAGUUAUGCUACUGAUAAUUAAACCAAAUAUUGCUAUAUAUAUGACAUGAUACAGGUGUUUUUUCAAGAAAAUUGAUAAUUGAUUAUACUAUGAUCUGGAACAUGACAGUUUUAAAUAUGUGUCCUGCUCAAAAAUCUAUUUCCAUUAACCUGUUUCAAUGAAUGAUGUGUGUUUCAUGGAACUUUGUUACUGUUAAU